AUGAGCUCGUCGUCAAUGCGGCUACCGCCAGAGCAACCGGAGAAGACCAGGCACCCUUUAUUGGGGACGAAACCGAAUAUAUCGUCGCAACAUCCUUCUCCCUGCGUUUCACGUCCUUCAAAAAUUCCUAUCCUGAGAUUGUCAAUCCAUAACGAGGUUGCGGUUAGACCACGCGCUAAGAAGGCAUGUAAGGAGUGCAGAGGCCUGAAGACCAAGUGCGAUGGAUACCAACCGUGCAGCCGAUGCGUGGGGUUCGGAAUAGACUGCAUCUAUGUUGAUGGGAAGAAAGAGUCUCAGGAAAGGCGACUUCAAGAGCUCGAAAGGCAGGUUCAGGUCUACGAAAAACUGCUUCGCCGACUGCAGCUGAAAGUGAUGCCGGAGGACGAGGAACUUGUCGCUCGAGCUUUGGCUGAAUUUUCGCCCGAAUCCACCGAUACGGUGACAGGUCACGGCCAUUCCCAAACUGCGAGAGAGGAACUCCGUUUGGGGGUAGAGUGCGUACAAGAAGACUUCCACGGUAACAGACGUUUGCAACCCAUUGGAUUUAUUGGUGGUCCUUCUGAGAUGUCUUGGGUUCGCGACCUAAACAGGGCAGUGGAGAAGGACACCGAAAUCCUUAAUGCAAACACUCCGAACCAAUCUCCAAGCGACGACUCCCAGGCUCUGAGUAAGGUGAGUUAUUUCCUAGACGACCAGGAGAUUACUAUUGAUGAUGACAUUGAUGUUCACAUUCGGCCUUCUCCAGAUAUUGCAGAGAGACUAGUCCGUCUAUAUUUCCAUACUGUACAUCCUUCAUUCCCCAUCAUUAGCAGAUUAUCCUUCACGCAGCAGUUGGAAAGCUAUUACACGAAACCUUAUUUGCGGCCAACAAAAAAGUGGCUCGCAAUCCUGAAUCUAGUUUUCGCCGCGGCGGCCUAUCAAUUGAUUGAUCACCCCGAUCUCCAGCAAGUCCAGGUCGAAGGUCUCAUUGCAUCAUGGAGAGCAUGUGGCGUCGCGAUCAGGUCGUCCAUUGCCAUGGGGAUUAACCUUCGCAGUGAGAGUAAAGAAAUUUCAAAUAUUUCUAAAGAGAUCCGAUACCGCGUUUGGUGGUCACUCUAUACAUUGGAAAAUACGCUAUCAACCAUGACUGGGCGGCCUACUGCAACCGCAGAUAGGUUCUUUGCAGUCCGCCUCUUAGCUGACUUUGAUUUCCGUACCGAGUAUAUGCGAGCCUUUGCAGUCACCAGGCAUAGAUUCCCGGCCACCCCCGAUUCACCUGCCGGAAAGGCUAGCGGACAGAAUUUAGCUGCAGACUUAGCGGAGAUUGUUCCCAGCACCUCCCUGUAUUUUGUCUACUUUGUCCAGCUUACCGAAAUCAUGCGUCGCGCGAUAGAUUUAUUAUACAGUCCAGGAUUCGCUACUCGACCCUGGCUUACUAUCAAUACAGCAAUGCUGGACUUGGUAGAUGAGACGGACGAGUGGCUUGCCGGCCUUCCCGUGGUAUUUCAGUUUACCUGUCACCGAACAGCACAUCAGUUUCAGAGGCAAAGAUGGAGUUUUGCCUUCCGAUUUCAUAGUGUGAAAAUUACGAUUUGUCGACCUUCUCUUUGUCGUUCAGCGAGACAGGAACCAGGCACAGAGCUUUACACGGAAGUCCAGAAGGCAGCAGAGCUAUGUAUCGAUUCUGCAUGCCAGAUUCUUGACCUUUUACCUAAUGAGCCUGAUAUCGUCUGGUUGAACCAAGUGUCUCCAUGGUGGUGUGUUCUACACUACCUCAUGCAAUCAGUAACCGUGCUGUUGAUAGAAUUGGAGUACUGCGGCAGAUAUAGUAGCGAUAAUACCGUGAGAGUUAACUCAAUGAUUGAAAAGGCACUAGUGUGGCUUUCUGCAUUGGCGAUGGAUAGUCUCGCUGCGCAGCGUGCUUCAGAAGUCUGCCAUGACCUCUAUCGCCGGCUUUUUCUACGCUCCACCGUGGAACAGAGCAGGCUGCCUGAACUUGGCACGAUUGCACUCCCUACUACUGGGCUAGAAAGUUCAUCUUCCCAACCUAUAUACUAUCCAUUUAACCACAUAUGCUCUGUGCCACAUGGCACGGGCGGGCAAUCAACCAUGGACUCAGGAUCAUUGCAUAACGUGUUUUAUCACCCUGUAUUUCAGACUCCAUAUGAUGAAUUUAGGCCAUGUAACUUUGACAGGAUGUGA